AUGGGACUUGAAGGCCAGGUCAAUCGGCCUGCCAUCCACAUUACCACGCAGCUUUCGGCAAUCGGCGCUUCCACGGCGACGCCCAGCAGCAGCAACAGCAGCAACAGAGCAACUAGGCAUUACUCUUCGCCGCUGGCGGCGGCAGCAACAGCAACGCGCGUUAUCAAUGCCUGCUGUCAUGAACGAAUACGUAGAUUUGCCAGCAGUACGUCGACAGCAGCCUCCAGCACAACAACAGCCGCGAUGAACACGGACGCUGACAGCAUGCUGCAGGCGCUGCUGAGCAGCCUGCCCGAGCCGCCAGUGACCAGGCCGGAGGCGCCGCGCAGUGUUUUUACGCACUUGGCCGGCGGCCAGCUUCCGCCGCCCCUUUCUCCUCCGAGCUCACCCAAAUUGCAUUCCUCUGAAUUCGACUAUUCAAUUUUACCCGAGAGCCCCCCUACCGCGCUUGCACACAAUAUUGAGGGCAUUGCUGAAUCUGCCGCAGAUACAUCACCCCACUACUGCGUCUCCGGAACGCUUUCCAGAGCGGUAAAUCCACCGAGCAAGGAAGAUCCAGGUUAUAGGCAUCAACCACAACAGCGGUUACCCUCAGCAGUAGAGCUGGGCACCGCAGUAGCGAAUAUACCAGCAGCAGCACUGCCGCUGGGUUACUCGGAGUCCGCCAUGGGCUGCACACCACCGCACCAGCCGAGCGACAUGACCAAGUCGUCCUCGUUUGCGGCCAGCAGGGCCUAUGCGUGGAGCUUUGGCUACAGCGACAGUGGCGACAACCUGGCCACAAUGCGGCCGCCAUCGGUGCUCUUCGACAAGAGCCUCGGCGACAUGAGUGACUUGAGCCAGUUCACCGCGACUUUGGAGACGCCUGCGUCAUCACGCCGAAACACCGACGAGGUGUCGCUGAGCCAAGAGCACCGCGAGCAGCUGCAGCGCAUCCCAUCCUUGCACGCCGUAGAAUCGAUGGCGAAUGCCAUGGACACAUCGGCUGUCGCACAUGCUGGUGAUGUGUCACCUCAGCUGUCGAUGCUCGACGCUGAGAUGCCGCCUGUGUCGCCGUUUUUCUCUCGAAUUUCGGCAAACGACAUUGUGGUGGCACGGGAUACUGUACAGCGGGCACGCUUGACGCGUCGCAACACCUUUGGCCUGUACACGACUGUCGAGGAACCCCAGGUGCAGAGCCGCUCGAAGCAGCGCGAUACAUGGUGCGCGCCCGACAGGGAGUCCAUAUACGCGCGCAUGUCACUGUUGGGCCCAAUGGUCCGGUGGGCAGCCUUGGCCUCCAAUGCCUCACCGUCCCUGGACGCGGAGGGCCCCGAAGAGUGGCUGGGCAACCAGGGGCCACCCAUCUCCCCACACUUCACCGGACCCAGCUCUUUGGCCAGAAACCAAGCCAUUAUCAAAGCCCCCGCACGCCCAAUCCAGCCUGCGCGCGAACGGACCUUCAAAGUCGAUGUGUUCUCGCCGUUCUCGUCACCGCUCAACAGCAAGGCGCUGCCGCGGGUCACCAUCAGCGAGCUCGUCAGGGGUGAAUUUGGCCACACCCUGGUCGAGGUCGAAGAUUUUGGCAGCGACUCCGACGUGCGCAGGGCACUGAGAGGCUACCCAUGGGUAUUGUCUCUGUGCAACCGACAGCGCCAGCGCCAGCAGCAGCACAACGAGCAAAGACUUGCGGCAUCGCGCUUGCGCCUGCCUUCUUGCCGUCAGCACUCGCCGGCAUUUGGUGGGUUUUGUUUAACCAGACCCACGAUGUCCUUUAUGGUCAGCAACGCGAGCACUGUCAAGUCUGUUUCCGAUAGCAACGUGCGCGCCAUCGACAUUGAAGCCAUGGUCGAGGCAUAUUUGCCCAGCAUCCACGCACUGCUUCAACCGACAGAGAUCAUUGACGAGGAUCUCGAGUCCGACAGCAACCACGAGCGCACGCCCUCCGAGAGCAGCUCGUUCACAAUGACAGGUAAGUCGGCAUACGCCGAGUCCUACCAGUCCGCAUCGUCCGACGACACGCUGAGACGCAGCGCGCCUACAACUGCCCCCACUGUCAGCUCAAAUCCCAGUACCCGUCUGAAGCCGUCGUCGCUGCGCAAGCCCUCUCGCCGCAGCGAUCUCGGACUGGGCGCCAAGCCCGAGCCGUCGGCGGCAUCGCGGCAGCUGCGGGCGCCCUCGUCAGUCAUGAAUCUCCGAGGCGCCUUUGUCGACCUCGACGGACAGCAGGCUGCCCGAAUGGCCGACAGACGCAGCUCGAACCACUCCCUAUCGCAGCUCGGGUCCUCACGGUCCCUGCUGCCCUUGCCCUCUUGCCGCCGCAGAAGCGAGGUCGAGUCUCUUAUCACGCAGGCCAAUGCCGUGCUCAACAGCGGGAUGCGCCGCAGCUCAACGUACCACCUGCCGGUGUCCACAUCCGCGAGGCACACGCUGCCCCCACGCGCGUCGUUUCCUGUAUCGUUUGGCAGCUCCAAGGAGGCCCGCGCGCUGCGGUCGAGCAUUGCGUCGCCGCGGUCAAUGGUCAUGGGUUUGAACGGCUCGCGCUACUCACUGGCGUCCGAGUCCGGAUACGACUCGUCGCAGAUUUCACGGAUUCCGUCGCCUGUCUCGGGCCUGCGCGCGCCGGUUUCGCUGGCAGCUACGCUGAGCAGACACCAGCAGCACCGCCUGGACGCUGCGCGUAAUGAUGUCGGCGCGACCGGCUUCAACGAUGCGUUUUCGCAGCAGUCGCGCAGCCUCAAUGCCGAGGUGUACGCAGCGCACAGGAGCAGCACUGGCAAUGGAGGAGGAGGAGCCCAGAUAUUAUCCCAGGCGUGCGGAACUCGCGCUUUAAACGCGAGCAUCGGCGCACUGAGCGGCACCAAUGUGUCGCGGCUGUCGUCGUCCAACGGCAGCUCUCUUCCAUUGACCUACAGGCGCGCGUCGCAGGAUCAUCCCACGGCAAGCACGCCAGCGGCCAGGACGGCCAACACAACUUCGGUCGGCGCCAAUGGGCAGGGGGUCCGGCGGCUGCCUUCGGCCAGCCAGCUGCGCCUUGCUGGAUCAACGAGCACCCGGCGCAUCAAUUUAAACAGCAGCGGCUAUGGAAGCACUUCAAAUGACCGCGUAGGACCUACAAACGGCCCGAAUGCUAAUGGCGAACGCAAUAGCGACGAACUGAAGACAAGGAGAUCCACCACAGUUAGCUCUGCUUCAGCCUCUGCAUCUGGCCUGCAGCGGCCGAGCAUCCAGAACCUGUUCAAGCAGGAUGAUGAGUUCCUCACGCUGCGGCCGGUGCACACGCCAGACAUUCGCGCAAUGACGCCCAUGCUCAAGACAAACGUCGGCAUUUUGCACAGUAGCAUAGCCGACAUGCUCCGCACCAACGCCUCACCACACGCCAAGGUCAACACCAUCACCUUUGCCUACACGUUAAGCGAUGACGACGACGAUGAAGUCGAGGACUUUGGCGAGUUUUGCGCGCGCAACGUGCCCCAGAGCCCCGAUGCUGCUGCUAGCGCGCUGGCAACUGUCCCUGAGGUGUCUCCGAAUACCGAAGGGGCACUGCAGUCGCACUUGUCACCGCUGAGCAGCCCGGCAGGCUUGCCUGUUGUUGACUUUUCCGAGUCUACCACGCCCAAGGCUUCCACCAACACGGCCACCAGGAGCAGCUUCAGCGGACGCUUCGGCAGACCGAGCUUCUUGAGUCGCAACAGGACCAAGUCCUUGGCCAAACCCGAAACCACAUCGUCGGCUCCCGCGCCCGUCAAGCCCGCCAAGGCCGCUCCACCGGCGGCCAACGCCUCGCCUGCUGUUGCCUCGAACAUCCCGACCCUGCGCAAGGCUCGCUCUCUGUGGACUCUGCGCAGCUCAAUUGCAAAGUGA